AUGUCGACACAGGUCAAGAUGCUGCUGGCCAUGGUGCCAGGGAAGAAGCAGGUUGCCAAUCUGCAGAGAUUCGACGAAGACUAUGGUCCGGGUGACGACGAAAACUCCAUGGCAGAUAAGGCCGUGGACUACCAGCACCUGUUCGCAGGUAACAGCGAUGAUCGAUUUCGCAUUGGCAUCACUUUCUGGAAGAAGGGCAUACGUUUGUAUGCGCCCUUCGACAAAGCGGACAUUCUCGUCUGCUCGCCGCUGGGCCUGCGGCAAAUCACGGGCGUGGAGGGCGACAGGAAGCGUGAAUUCGACUUCCUCUCAUCGAUCGAAGUCUGCGUGGUCGAUCGCGCCGACGUGCUGCGCAUGCAGAACUGGGAGCAUGUCCAGGAGGUCAUGCAAGUUGUCAACAGGAAGCCACAAGGCCUCGGCAGCAUAGACAUCGCACGACUGCGCAGCGCCUAUGCAGAGGGCCGCGCGCGGGAGUUUCGCCAGACGGUAGUGACCUCCUACGGACAAUGCCUGGAUGCCGAUGCGCUUUUCAACCUCUCUUCCAAUCCACCCGCUGGGCAAGGCCCUGUGCUGGCGGGCAAAGGCCGCAGCCUGGCGUCGAGGCUCCGGGCUCCGCAGCUGGGGCGUUCCAAGCGCGGAGGUCGGAGUUUGGAUCUCGAUGAGGAGGAGGAGGACAUCGAUGCGGGAAUGUCGCUCGAUAUGAUGCAGUCCAUGUCCAAGUCGGCAGCCAGCGAGGUGGAUGACAUGGGCGUGCAUUAUAUGGAGUUUUCUGUUUGUGGGAUGUAG